UUUUUUACUUUUGUAAUACUUCAUGUAGUGUUCGCAACAUCAAAAUGUUUGUGCUGUUUAAAACAGAACUUAUAGCCUUUUGGGUCAUUUGCUCAUCAUGUUGUCGUACCUGCUGGUCCUCACAGUCAUAGUGACUGCCGAGGCUCAGAAAAUUCAAGGUGUACAGAAGGAUGAUUCCUGUGUGUGUAAACUGAGCAGCUCUAUCUGGGCUUUUCCUACGGUGAGGUUUGAGGGAGUUCAAAAACAACUCCAGACCUGUGAGGAAAACGUUCUACAAUUUAUUAAAAAGGUAAAGGACGGUGAUGUACAACUGCCUAUGAUGGAACGCACUCUUAAGAACAUCAAAACCCGCCUGAAACGUUUUGAAUAUCUGAACACAAGCGGUUUGUACAACAGCCUUCACCUGCAACAGCUGAGAGACGAACUUGACGCAAUCUAUUAUACUGCCAGUGAUGCUCAGAAGAAAAGCCCCAGCAAAGAGACAAAUGACCUUCUCAAGGAGGUGACUAAUGCAAGGAAGGAUGUCGAGAACAUGUACAAAAAUAACAUCUUCAAUCUAGAGACAAUGAAAUCGAGGCUACGUGACCUCAACAACCGAGUGCAAACCUGUAAAACUAUACCCGACGACUUCAGAAGUACUUGUUAUCAGCGUAUUAUGUCCAACAUAAGUUCUCCAGUUGUCACCAAGCUCAAUUCCAUCAGCAAGUCCUAUAUCUCAGGUGCUUGGGGUCGUGACGCCAAACGGGGCAGUAAGGAACGCUACUGGGAACACUGCCUAGUGAGCGGAAACCAGCUUGGCAACACAGUCAGGAUGUACAACUCAUAUGAAGAUUUCAUGGCCAGCAAGAACUACAAAGAUGAGUACAUCGCAUCAUCCUACAGCCACGCGAAUGCUGUUCAGGGCUCUGGCACUAUUCUGUAUGACAAUACUGUAUUUUACCAAUGCUACGGCACUGCUGAAAUCUGCAGCUUCGACAUUACAACAAAAGUAACCAAGCGUAUGAAACUGGAUGGUGCUGGAAUCAACAACAAAUUCCCUUUCUGCUACUACAGCUGUCGUGAUUGGACCGAUAUCGACCUGGAGGCUGAUCAAGAUGCCGUGUGGGUGAUAUAUGCCACUGAGGAGAACCACGGCAACAUUGUUGUGAGCCGUUUAGACCCACUUUCACUCAAUAUCACUCACACCUGGAAGACACAUCUCUUUAAGAGGUCCGUCACCAGCACGUUUAUGGUGUGCGGGGUCUUGUAUGCAACACGCUUUGUUAAUACUUACCAAGAAGAGGUGUUUUACGCUUUCGAUACAACCACUGGUCAAGAGAUAAACACUCUUUCUUUGCCUUUUGAGAAGGUUUCUGCUGGAAUAGCCAAUCUGAACUACAAUCCAGUUGACAGGAGACUUUACAUGUAUAAUGAUGGCUAUCUGUUAGCAUAUAACACCUUCAGCUGAGGGCCUUUCAUACAUAGCUAAUAAAAAAAUAUGCAAUCCAAAGUCUGCAUUUCACAGCAUGCUGAAAAAUCUCAAAAUAUGCACAGUGGUUGAACUAAAGCUUUUUGCUAUCAUUAUGUGAUUGUGAGACUUUUAAAGUGCUUAAAUCAGGUUAACCAUUUUGACAAAUUUUGUCAUUUCAAUAAAUAUGCUUAUACUGCA